AUGAACAAUGAAGAAGAUAAUCGUAAAGAAUUUAAUCCUUUAAAAGAAAAGGUUAGUAGUUAUGAUGGUAUAAGAAGAUUCUUUGAGAAGAGAAAGUUUAUAAUGACAGAAGAAGAGUACGUAUUUGUAAUGACUGUGUUGAAUAACAUGGAAACUAAAUACAGUGAUAUCAAUUACAAGUCUGAGCUUUUAAAAGAAGAGGGAAAUAAGUUGUUUAAAGACAACAAUUUAGAGGCAGCUUUUGAGAAAUACAAUGAAACACUAUCGAUUGACCCAUGUAAUGUAAAUGCACUUAUCAACAGAUCAAUUAUUUUACAGAAACAAAAUCAAAUUAAAAGUGCAAUGAAAGAUUGUUUAAAUGGACUUGAAAUAGAACCUUCUAAUUUAAAACUCUAUAAAAGAUUAGCGUAUUUAAAUCAAGAAACCAACCCAGAAUUGUCUUUAAAAUACGUUAAAAAAGGACUUUUAAUUGAUGAAAGUGAUAAGACACUUAAUGAUAUGCUUAACUUAUCUAAAGACUCUAAUAAAAGUCCAGAUAUUUUAAACAACUCAGAUUUUACAGGCUCAAUUGAUGAUUUACUAAAAGACAUCAAUACCGAAGAUCUAUCAAAGAUGUUUGGAAGUGUAAUUAACAAAUUUAAGAAAUAA